UCCUCGUAAGCACCACUAUGGCCAAGUCAAAGGCACCCGUCAAGCUCCCGCGGUAUGCGGACAUGAUCUUCGAGGCUGUUGCCGACAUGGCGGACCGCACUGGUUCGUCGCAGCACGCCAUCGGCAAGUGGAUCCAGGCCAACUACAAGGUCUCCGACGACAAGCUCGCCCUCUACCUCCGCAAGACCCUCCGUCGCGAGCUGGAGAAGGGCACCCUCGUCCAGUACCGCGCCUCCUUCAAGCUCGCGCCCGAGACCAAGAAGGCUCUCGCCAAGGCGGCCAAGGCUGCUGCCAAGAAGCCGACCAAGAAGGCCGCCACCAAGAAGACGACCAAGAAGACAACCAAGAAGACGACCAAGAAGUCGACCAAGAAGUCGACCAAGAAGGCCGCCACCAAGAAGACGACCAAGAAGGCCGCCGCCAAGAAGGGUGCCCGCAAGGGCGUCAAGGCCAAGUCGACCAAGAAGACGUCCAAGGCCUCGGCCAAGACCAAGGCCAACAAGGCUGCCCGGACCAAGAAGAAGGCUGCCAACCGCCGGUAGGCGCGCGCUUGACGCGAUUCACGCUGAUCCGUAUUAAAUGUACCAUCCUCGA